UGUUUCACAGAUCUAAUCCCAAGCCAGAAUCGCCCACCACAUACAUUUAAAAUGGAUGCGUAUACAUUACCAACAUACUUUCCCUUGGCAUACACAGAGCUACAGUUUUUAGCAUCAAGACGGGCGGCUGCUGCAGCUGCAGCGGCUUCUGUACUACCGAGUAGCUCGCCUGGCAGCAACCACAGUAACCAAGUGCCCACAACUGAUGUGAGCAGCAGCUCAGUGCCAGUUGCUGUGUCUCCUGGGAUGCCUGCGACGCUGGCGGAUUCCAGCGCGACAUGCACUUUAGCGCCGCCUGCGAAUGGACAAAUUCUCGGCGGCGGUGCCACUGGCGGCCAUCAUCAUCAUCAUCAUCACCAUCAUGUUCAGAGCUCCAGUCAGCAGCAUGAUUUUCAUCCGGCCUAUAGAAUUCCUAGCUACAUGGAACAGUUCUAUACGCUACAAAGAAGUAGCCCCACCGCCUCUUAUCAUGAUCCAUAUGCCAAUUGCCCGCCGGCGUUUCACUUAGCCGGAUUGGGCUUGGGUUCCGGCGAGUAUUUAGGUGCGAGAGGAAUGGGUUCCUUAAGUGAGCUGCAUCAUGCGGCCGUUGCCGCAGCAGCGGCAGCUGCAGCCGCGGGCUCUUUGGCCAGCACAGAUUUUCAUUUUAGCUUGGAUGGCAAUGGUCGUUUGAGUAGUCCGCGUCCACCGGGCGGUGGUAGUAUGCGCGCCAGUAUUAGUCGUAAACGUGCACUUUCCUCAUCGCCAUACUCGGAUUCAUUCGAUAUCAACUCAAUGAUACGCUUCUCGCCCAAUUCGUUGGCCACCAUGGUAAUGAAUGGGUCGCGGGCGAGUAGCGCUGCGAGCGGCUCUUACGGCCAUCUAUCUGCCAGUGCCAUCAGCCCCAUAACUCAUGCGCCUCAUCUGCAACAGCUGCAGGCCCAUCUCCUACGCGCUAGUGCCGGAAUUCUCCAUCCAAUGACCCCACAGCAAGCAGCAGCAGCUGCAGCUGCGAGCUAUUCGAUGAGCCAUGUCGCAGCUCUCGGCUUGACCGAGGUCUCCAUGAAAUCUAAGGAUCUGGCCAGCCAGCCAACAACGCCAGCCUCGACUGUGAUUAGUCCAGCAGUAGAUGAAUCCAUAACCAAGCCAAUCACUUCGAUGAAGAAUUAUGAUGAAGAAAGCACGGAUCGCAACAAGAAUAACAAUAGUAGCAAUAAGCUUCUUGAACAACCAUCAUCUACGUCAGAGAGUGUUGCUCAAGUUGAGGCAGAUAGCGCGUCUGCAAAUUUGUUGGAGCGACGCCAACGUAACAAGACAAUAUGCGGGGAUCAUCGGGCGCAUAGCCACGAAGAAAAUCCAGAUCAUCAGUUUAACGAAUACGACUGCGCUACGGUGGAUACAACGGAUAUUAAGGAUGAGCCGGGCGACUUCAUUGAGACGAAUUGUCAUUGGCGCAACUGCAGCGUUGAGUUCAUCACCCAGGACGAACUUGUUAAGCACAUUAAUAAUGAUCAUAUUCAGAGCAACAAGAAAGCAUUCAUCUGUCGCUGGGUUGAUUGCUCUCGUGGUGAAAAACCAUUCAAGGCCCAAUACAUGCUUGUUGUUCACAUGCGACGCCAUACAGGGGAAAAGCCCCACAAAUGCACGUUUGAGGGAUGCUAUAAGGCGUACUCUCGUUUAGAAAAUUUGAAAACCCACUUACGUUCCCAUACAGGUGAAAAGCCGUAUACCUGUGAGUAUCCGGGCUGCAGUAAGGCUUUUAGCAAUGCGAGCGAUCGUGCAAAGCAUCAGAACCGAACUCACAGCAACGAGAAACCGUAUAUAUGUAAGGCACCUGGCUGCACAAAGCGUUAUACAGAUCCCAGCUCUUUGCGUAAGCAUGUAAAGACCGUGCAUGGAGCCGAGUUCUAUGCGAAUAAGAAACAUAAGGGCCUGCCUCUCCAUGAUGCUAACUCAGGACUGGAGAAACACAGAGAUGGCCGAGAUGGUAAUCAGCAGCAUCAGCAACAUCAACAACUUCGGGACCACCAGCAACUGCAAGAGCAGCAUGUUGACUCUAGUCCCUGCUGCGAUGAUUUUCAUGGUGGCAAGCCAAUCAGUGUGUCCAGCCCGAGCAUAAAGUCCGAGUCUGAUCCAAAUUCACCCGGUCAAUUGGCUGCGCAGGCGGGGUCAUCUACAGCUUCGGUCUCCGAUUGCCUUAUGCAAUUGUACAGGCAGGACGAUUUGAGCAACCCUUCGGUGCCCACACUCGAUGAAUGUUGGCCCUAUGACGAUGAUGUGGAUGCAGUCGAUCUUCCCAUCGUGCUCCGUGCUAUGGUUAAUAUGGGAAAUGGAAAUGCGGCACCAUGUGCCAAUCUGUCACGCCAGCGUUUUCGUAGUCGUCUACAAACCAAGGUCAUCAACUCGAGUAACUCUAUGCUGUCUAACAUACCGGAGAGUAAUAAUCCCCAUCGGGCUAUUGGCAUACAAGAACUGAAUCAACGUAUCACCGAGCUAAAGAUGGAACCGGGUACAACAGCAGUUACUCAACAGCCAAUGCACUCAGGUCUUUCAUCCACGGGCAAUUGUAAAGGACUGCAAUUAACUGAAAUGCACAGCCAGCCAACACAAGGUCAUAGUCGAGCAGCGGGACAGAUCAACGGUCAGCUGCUUCAGCAGUGCCACACUCAAUCGGCAGCUACGGUGCAGUCCCAGCAGCGCAGAGAUAGUCAAAAUUCAAAUGCUAGCACAUAUUACUGCAGCAUGCCGAGUCGGCGAAGUAGCCAAUCCUCGCAGCUAUCAUCGAUGUCAACAAUGAGAGCCUGUCCAGUAUAUAAUACGGCAUCGGGCACACCAUCCUUAUAUGAUCCCAUAUCGCCGGGAUGCUCUCGUCGGUCGAGUCAAAUGUCGAAUGUUAUUACAGCGCAGCAUCCUCACAUACCAACCAGUGUUAUGAACGAUAGUGCACCAUCCGUACAUGCCGCACCGAUUUAUGCAAGUCAGCAGUAUAUUGCGGCAAAUGGAUCUCGCAACAGCAACAGCUUGCCCCCUCCGCCAUCCUCUCAUCUGAUUGCGACACAUUUGCAGUGUUUGCAGACGAACAAUACGAAUAGCAAUUGUUAUAAUCACAAUUCGAAUCCAAUUCAAAAUCAAUUAACAGUUUGUCAAAGCGGCGGACGCUUUUCUAUACCAAACGCUUUACAAUUGUCGCAGCUUAAUUCAAAGUAUCUCUAUGAGGAGGAAAUAAAUGGUGUCCAUCACCAUAGACGUCAGUCGGAGCCGAUAAUGGCCCAGUUGAGCAUAGAGCGAAUGACAACCUCACCCCCUAUCAAUCCUCAAAACAUCCAUAGCAAUACAAAUCGUGGAUCUUCCAGCACCACAAAUAAAACUGACAAUACGGAUUGCGAGACCAGGACAAAAACGACCACUAUGAGCAAUUCCCGGAAUCAUCAUCCCAAUGAAAAAGUUAAUUUAGAUGAGGUUGAAGACCUAAUAUUACCUGAUGAGAUGCUUCAGUAUCUUAAUUUGGUGAACGAAACGGAGAAGCCUAAUGGUCGCGAUUCGCCCAUACACGUGGCCAACUGUCCAUCGCCAGUUAUGCAACAGGUGAUGUCGCCCCAAUCAGGACAUACGAUGUCAGCGCUUGGUAGUCCAUACUCCCAGCGGAACUACGAACCAGACGGCGAGAACAACAAUGCGUAUCGUCGGCAACAUACAGUUUACUGUACACAAAGAUCAAAUAAUGAAUCCACCUCGCAGUAUCCAUAUAUGCCAGCUCCAGGUCCAGCUCCAGCUACAGUCCUUGCUUCAGUUUCAGCCGAGAUUCAGCCUCGAAAUCAGCUGCUGUCUCCACUCGGCGCGCUUCCCUAUGAACAGCCACAACAAAUGACAUCACAUCAAAAUCAGAUAAUCGAUUCAUCAAUGACCAGUCUGCCGGAAGUAACAAAUGUUACUGUUAUUCCAGUCGAGCAGAAGCUUUACAACGAGAACGAGAUACAAUGUGGAAUCAUCAGUCAAUCACAGUUGUCGCCAACAGUAAAUAUCAAUGGGAAUGAGAAUGCGGACGUCAAUUGUCAGGUCGGAUUUCAGAAUGUUAAUCCAGGAGCAAUGAAAUCCAUUAACGGAGAAGCCCAUCAUAAAAUCUUGACGGGCCAACAAACCAGCAACAUGGCAUCGAUGCCUUCCGAUACUUACCAGCGUACGCUGGAAUAUGUACAAAGCUGUCAAAACUGGAUGGAGACGAACAGUGGUAUCUCAGUGGGCAACAAUAACAAUCAACCCAUAUGGCCCGACGUUAGCAGCUCUACGCACCCGCAUCCCAGUACAAAUUUGGUUAUCAACGAUAUGACUACAUCUCUGAGUUCUCUGCUGGAGGAGAAUCGAUACCUGCAGAUGAUGCAGUAGUAUUUCUUAUUUUAUAAAUUAUAUCGAUUA